UCGUCGUCUUUGAGUCAUAGGCGUGAGCCACGCCCAAGCUGUGGGAAUAAAAUGGCGGGGAAGAAGAACGUUCUGUCGUCUCUGGCGGUUUACGCCGAGGAUUCAGAACCCGAGUCUGAUGGCGAAGCUGGAAACGAAGCUGUGGGCGGUGCGGCUGAAGAGAAAGGUGGAUUGGUGUCUGAUGCCUAUGGAGAUGAUGACUUUUCUCGCCCAGGGGGUGAUGAAGAUGGUUAUGAAGAAGAGGAAGAUGAGAACAGCAAACAGUCGGAAGAUGACGAUUCAGAGACUGAAAAACCUGAGGCUGAUGACCCAAAGGAUAACACAGAAGUAGAGAAGCGAGAUCCCCAAGAACUAGUUGCCUCCUUUUCCGAAAGGGUCCGGAACAUGUCGCCUGAUGAAAUCAAGAUCCCACCAGAACCCCCUGGCAGGUGUUCUAAUCAUUUACAAGACAAGAUCCAGAAGCUUUAUGAGCGAAAGAUAAAGGAGGGAAUGGAUAUGAAUUACAUCAUCCAAAGGAAGAAAGAAUUUCGGAACCCUAGCAUCUAUGAGAAACUGAUCCAGUUCUGUGCCAUUGAUGAGCUGGGCACCAACUACCCAAAGGAUAUGUUUGACCCCCAUGGCUGGUCUGAGGAUUCCUAUUAUGAGGCAUUAGCCAAGGCCCAGAAGAUUGAAAUGGACAAAUUGGAAAAGGCCAAAAAGGAGCGAACCAAAAUUGAGUUUGUGACGGGCACCAAGAAAGGCACCACCACCAAUGCCACAGCUACCACCACAACCACUGCCAGCACAGCCGUUGCAGAUGCCCAAAAGAGAAAGAGCAAGUGGGACUCCGCCAUCCCAGUGACGACAAUAGCGCAGCCCACCAUUCUCACCACCACUGCCACCCUGCCAGCGGUAGUCACUGUCACCACCAGCGCCAGCGGCUCCAAGACCACAGUCAUCUCUGCUGUGGGCACCAUCGUGAAGAAGGCCAAGCAGUGACAGAGCCAUGCCAGGGCUUGACUGUGCAGCCUAGUGGCUGCUGUAUAUUUCAGGACUUGGACCUGCUCCCAAGGUGCCAUCUGAGAGGAGCCUCUGUGUGGCAUUCCAACCAGAAGGACAUUGUAGCAGAGGCAGAGGAUACAGCAGAUAGGGUCUGUCUGUCCACACACCACUUUGGGGUCUCACCCAAUUAAAAGUGUCGUGUUCUUCCGUCCCAGCAUCUGGGGUACACUGGCCUCUUCCACGGUUUGUUUUCAGGCAAAUGUGAAGCUCAAAUGCUCCCUCCAUCUUCUUACUUGUGAUUAUUGAUUGCCUAAGGAUUGAUAGUGGGGUGAUGGAAGCCUGUGGCACUGCUCAGAGGGGUGCCCCAGUAAGUCACUGAUUGUUCCCACUGUCUGCCUCUUGGCAUGGUCAGGUGUGGCCCCAGGGAGGAGAGUGAGGCCUCUGGUUCUUAAGCAAGAGCAGACCUCGGCUGUCUUGGUGCAAUUGAGCACUCUACAGGCCACUUCUUGGACAUGCCCAGGCUUUCAGAAUUAGGCUAGAUACCAGAAGGGCUGGGGUGAGAUCCCCAAUGUGCACCAGAGGGGGUUGGUAUGGGCACCUGGCCAAGGCCGCCUAGUCCCUUAGUGCCCAGCAAGCGCAGCCAGUGAGAUCCACAGUUGGGGAGAUGAAUCACCUCCUGCUCUGGCCAGCAGCAGUUCAUUGUUUAUGUGAAAGCACUGCUCCUGGGAGAGCUGCUGCCACCCCGCCCUUCCUCUGUUGUUAUCUCUGCCCAGCAGCAGUCCCUGGGCAACACCAAUGGCUGACCAGCUUCUCUUGGGCCAAAAUGGGUUUCCCAACCACCACCAGCCUGGGAAUGGAGGGGGCAGUUUGCCUUUGAGCCCUCUGGCAGCUCUGGUCCAGCGGAAGGGCUGAGUGUCAAAGGAGGAAGCCGGGCUGUGAAAAGCUAUGGAUUCCAUGGGCCCGGCAAAGACUGAGAAAGGUGGUCUUGAAAUUGAUGCCUGGUACUGUUAUGUGAUCUGGGGAAUAUGACAAACUAUCCCUAAUGUCGCCAAAAUAAAAAUAGUCACUCUUGCCCCCUCUUCUCCUUGGGACUUGGCCACCCUGGGGGAAUUGCUGCUGCCUGCUCAUCCCAAGAGGGUCUUUGUAAAGGCCCCCUUGCUCCCAGGCUCUGGGGGUUCCCCCAUAGCCAAGGGUACCAGGAGGUCUAGUAGAAGGCAGUGCAGCAGGGAAACAGAGUGCCAAGUACAGUGGGCACCCACUGGUCUGGUGUCCUGGCCUAAAGCAAGUCCUGUGGUCUGUAUGCCACUCUUCUGUCAAAUCACAGCAAUAAAGCUUCAUGCAGA